AUGGCGUACGGGUUUGUCCCCAUCGUCCACAUCGUGGCAGCCGUCUUCGCCAUCAUCGAACUUGGCUUAACCGCAUAUUUGGCCAGUCGGUACGAUAGCUGGUUUGGCUUCGGCGGCUACUCACCAUCGCGCAUCAAUUUCAUGAUAUUCAACUCGGUAUGGUCGUUAUUAGUACUGAUCUACGUGGGUGUGACGCCGUUAUACCUGACGAGCGUCUUCCACCGGUUGGCAGCCCUCGCCCUUAACGCCGUUACCACCAUUUUCUGGUUCGCCGGCUCAAUCGCACUCGCCGUCUUCGUCGGCGGGCCCUACGAAUGUGGAUCGAACUCGUUUUGUGGUUCCGCUAAGGCUGCUAUUGCUUUUGGCUUCUUCCUUUGGGCUCUCUUCACCUUUCUUACCGUCAUCGACGCUAUCGACUCUCUCCGGAGCCGUGGUCAUAACGUCAGUAAGCCGCACGCGCAACCUGGCGCAUAA